AUGACGAUCGAAGAGCGACCUGACCACCGACUUCAACUCGAUCUAUAUCCAAGAGCAUACUUCAAGGCUCUGACUCCACUUCAGUAUCAAAUCCCACAACAAGCACUUCCGUUCGUGGAGCGAGUCCUCGAGCUCUCUUCGCCUUCGGAAGAUGUUCAGCCUCGUAAAGUUCUCGACGUGUGCUGCUCGUACGGAAUAAACGCCGCCCUGCUCCGCUACGACCUCACGCUCGAUACGCUAUCAGCCCAUCUCGCAUCUUCUCCCAAACUGUCUGGUCGGGACCAGAUCAUCUCCGACAAACGUUUCUUCGCAUCCAAGCUCAUCCACCCGGAGGUCGACGUCUUAGGUCUCGACAUCGCUCCUGAAGCGAUUGCCUACGCGGUAAAGACGGGCUUGAUGAAAGAUGGAUGGGCAGAGAACCUCGAGACAUCGGACCCAUCGCUCUCACUGCGCGAGGGAUUAAAGGACGUUGAGGUGGUAGUUUGCACUGGGGGAGUGGGCUAUGUUGGCGCAAGCACCUUCUCCCGCAUCGCUGACGCGGUUGAAGAUUCUUCGAAGCUGUGGAUUGUAACGUUCGUGCUCAGAGUCUUCUCGUUUGAUGAGAUUGCGGACGUCUUGGAGGAGAAACAUGGACUUGUCACCGAAAAGAUUCCCGGACACUUGUUCCGUCAGAGAAGAUUCACAACAAGGGAGGAACAGAGUGCUGCUGUCGCUGACGUGAGAGCAAGAGGCUUGGAUACAAAGGGGCUAGAAGAAGAUGGAUGGUUUUACGCGGAAUGCUACGUGACGAGGCCGCGGGACGUUGCGAUUCCGAGUUGGUGA